AUGCCUACUUUUAGCUGCACAUUCCUUGUGGAAGCAGUGUUGGAGACUCUACUACUCCACCCGGGUUACACGCCCACUUCACAACAAACCCAGAAGGAGGUUGUGAAUGUGCACAACAUCACGUGCCAUCCACUGAAGGAUGAAAGGUUACUUCAGAUCAGCGGUGCUACGUUGUCAGAUGACACCCUUGUGGCCCUGGGGCAGGUCAUCAUGAAAGGAUGGCCUAGCGAGGUAAGGGACUUGACAGAGAGUCUACGUUCGUACUUUAGCUACAGCGACGAGCUUGCCGUUCAGGGUGGAAUUAUCUUGCGAGGUGGACGAAUCGUCGUCCCAGUCAGUCUAAGGAAAGAAGUGAAGGAGAAUGUGCAUCAAGGGCAUCUAGGAAUAAACUCGUGUCUACGGAGAGCCAGAGACCUGAUCUUCUGGCCGGGUAUGUCGGCAGAGAUCCGACAAUAUGUGGAAGCAUGCGGUACAUGCGCGACAUAUUCAGUGAAACAACGUGCAGAGUCACCAGUCAUCACGGAGGUACCUCAGAGACCUUGGCAAAAGGUGGCAUCGGACUUGUUGUCGUGGGCAGGCUGUGAUUACCUUGUCACAGUGGACUAUCAUAGCAACUUUUUUAAGGUUGACCGGCUGCGUGAGACAACUGCUGAAGCCGUGAUUAUGAAGCCUAAGGGGCACUUCUCGAGAUAUGGUAUCCCUGACACAGUCGUCACGGAUAAUGCUGAUCAAUUCACAUCAGCGAGGUUCCGGUCAUUCGCACGUGGCUGGAAGUUUCACCAUGAGUUAAUCAGCCCUGGCAACAGUCAGGCCAACGGGGCAGCCGAGGCUGCUGUAAAGAUUGCGAAGAGGCUCAUGAGGAAGGGCAAGGCCUCUGGGGAAGACCCGUUCUUAGGUCUUCUAAAUGCUAGAAACACACCAACAGAGGGGAUGUCAACCAGCCCAGCUCAAAGGCUGCUGGGAAGACGCACAAAGACUGUUAUGCCCAUCAGUGAAGCAAAGUUGAAGCCUGGGUAUGCUGACUUGAUAAGGAAGGCACAGUCUAAAGAGAGAAAGCGGAUGCUUAGAGAGAGCAGGCGUAACUGCAGGGAACUUAGCCGGCUCGCAGUUGGUAACACUGUGAGGAUGCAGCCGCUGGUUCCCGGGAAGAGAGAGUGGCAGGAGGCAAGAGUGUCAAAGCAGCUGACAGGUCGCUCAUUUGAGAUGCCUACGGAACAAGGAAAAGUCUUCCGAAGGAACAGACGCCACCUCAGGAAGUGUGACAUGUCAGCACACUCGCUGCCGCCUUAA